CUCUCGCUUGUCCUGCGAACAGCCAUUACAAGGUGUGUGCUGACACCUGUGGGUCUAACUGUGCAGGGCUCCUCGCUCCAGUGACCUGUAAGUUCAAGUGCACCGAGGGCUGUCAAUGCGACUCUGGCUUCGUCUUCAGUGGUGAACAGUGCAUUCCUAUAGCUAAGUGCGGCUGCACAUUCGAGGGCAGAUACAUCCAGCUAGGGGAGACGGUGCUGACAGACGACUGUAAGGCAAAGUGUAGUUGCCAGGCCUCUGGGGUGGUGCAUUGUCAGUCUGUGAGCUGCUCUACCAACGAAAUCUGUGAGGUCAGGGAUGGUGUGCGAAAUUGCUUCAAGGAUGGCACGUGCUCAAUCAAGCAGGGGAAGCGCUUCACCACCUUCGACGGUUUAUCCGGCGAUGUACGAUUGCCGGGCGUCUAUGAGAUAGCUUCGCUGUGUAACACGAGCUCCUCUGCCUGGUUCCGGGUGGUGGCGGAUUUCCGAGUGUGCGACAGAAACGGGAACCCUGGUAUCGCCACAACCUACAUGUUCUUUCAAGAUACCUUCAUCGCAAUUAAUGCAAAAAAGCAGAUCUGGGUAAACGGACGUCCCUUGAAACGGAGUCAACUCCCAUACAGCGCCAGCUCUACCGUGACCUUAAGGGUCAAGGCCAGUUAUGUGGUUGCAGAACACUCUUCGAAGAUCAUGGUGUGGUUUGACGGGUCCCAGGAGCUGACGGUGACCUUAGUGGAUGAGUACGCCGGUCGUCUGUGUGGCCCCUGCGGGAACUUCAACGGUAAUUUGGAUGACGAGCUGGUGCUCCCUGGCGGCGAGGCUGCCGGCAACGUUGUGCAGCUUGUCACACGGUGGCUGGCUGAAGAUUUCUCAGUCUGCACCGACUGAAAGACAUCGAUGGGAACGUCCGACAGCCAGAAGCCAAAUCCAAGAUCGUCGCGAACCAACGCAACUUCUCUCUUCCGCAGAAUCAAUCGUUUACUUACUUUCCUUCAUCCCUUCCUCCAUUCCUCCCAUGUCACCGCGAUGGUCAAACGCAACCAAGGUUACGGGACGCUUUUUGUUUUUUUUUUUGCGCGCGCGUGUGUGUGUGUGUGUGACGCGUAAAAAAAAAAAAGCUAAUAAAAUUUCCAUCCUUUACGGCGCUUAAUAAA